GAUGUGACUCUUCUCCCUUCACUCAGCAUCCAGCCUUCCCGCUGUCCGUCGCCGGGCACAGACAGGCCGACCGGCGGCCCACACUGGCACCGGGACACGGCUCGUCAUCAGAUCAGGUCCCAGCUCUUGUAAGGCGUGCUAGACAGCAGUGCUGCUGAUUUUGAAUCUGUGGAUGAGAUUUUUGAGGCCAUUGGAGAUGUUCUUCAGGAAGUCUCGGCCUCAAAAAAUGAAGAUGAUGUGCGUGAGAUCUGUCAGAAAAUGUUCAAUACGCUUAAACUAAACACAUCCAACUCCUCAAAAUCAAAUGUAUUGCUGAAAGCACCAAUACAGCUCUCAAAAGUAGCCAGCAACUCGGACUACAAAACAGAAGAUGUCAAAGGAAUCUGGAUGAUGAGAAGGGAUAUGGGCACGACGGUAGAUGCGAAGAAACUGGAGAAAGCUGAAGCCAGGCUGAAAGCAAAGCAGGAGAAGAGGACCGAGAAGAGUUCACAGAAGUCAGCAAGCCCCUUGGUUCUCGAGGAAGCCUCGGCCAGCCAAGCUUCCAAUAAGAAAGAAAGCCGCUUGGAAGCUUCAGGAAAGAACAAGUCAUAUGACAUUAAAAUUGAAAAUUUUGAUGUCUCCUAUGGAGACAGGGCCUUACUUAAUGGUGCAGAUUUGCACCUCGCUUAUGGGAGACGUUAUGGUUUAGUUGGUCGAAAUGGCUUGGGGAAAACGACGCUGCUGAAGAUGAUGUCGGCACGAAGUCUUCGCAUUCCCUCUCAUAUCAGCAUCCUGCAUGUGGAACAGGAAGUGGUUGGGGACGACACAUCGGCCUUACAGAGCGUACUGGAGUGUGACACAGUGAGGGAAGGCCUGUUGCAGGAGGAGAAGGCUCUGACGGCAAAGAUGAACGCUGGCCUAGGCGAUGGCACAGAGAGCAGUCGGCUGACUGAAGUUUAUGCUAAGUUGGAGGAGAUCGAGGCAGACAAGGCUCCAGCCAGGGCUUCAGUUAUUCUAGCUGGUUUGGGAUUCAGUUCCAAAAUGCAGAAGCAAGUAACGAGGGAGUUCUCUGGCGGCUGGAGAAUGAGGCUGGCAUUAGCCAGGGCAUUGUUCGCCAAACCUGAUCUUCUGCUACUAGAUGAGCCUACAAACAUGUUGGACGUGCGAGCCAUCUUGUGGCUGGAAAACUACUUGCAGACCUGGCAGUCCACUAUUCUGGUGGUGUCGCAUGAUCGCAAUUUUCUAAAUGCUGUGGCCACUGACAUCGUUCAUCUGCACUCACACCGCUUGGAAACAUAUCGGGGUGACUAUGAGAACUUCGUGAAGACUAAAGAGGAGAGGUUGAAAAAUCAGCAGCGGGAGUAUGAGGCUCAACAACAGUAUAGAGAGCACAUACAGGUGUUCAUUGACAGAUUCCGAUACAAUGCCAACAGGGCUUCACAAGUACAGAGCAAACUGAAACUCCUGGAGAAACUGCCGGAGCUGAAGCCUCUCGAGAAGGAGCCAGAGGUGACGAUAAGGUUUCCUGAAAAUUUUGAGAAGCUGUCACCUCCAAUAUUACAGAUGACUGAUGUAGACUUCGGUUACACUACUGAAUGUCCCAUCUUCAAAAAUCUCUCUGUGUCUGCUGAUCAGGAGUCACGGAUUUGCAUAGUUGGCGAGAAUGGCGCUGGUAAAACAACAUUGCUAAAGUUGCUGCUUGGGGACUUGACACCUGUUGAGGGUAUUAGACACGCACACAGGAAUUUAAAAAUUGGGUACUUCAGCCAGCAUCACGUAGACCAGCUGGAAAUGAACAUCAGCUCAGUGGAACUUCUGGCGACCAAGUUCCCAGGGAGGACAGAAGAGGAAUACCGACAUCAGCUGGGAGGUUAUGGGAUAUCGGGAGACCUGGCAGUGAGACCUGUAGUCAGUCUAUCAGGGGGACAGAAGAGCAGGGUGGCGUUUGCACAGAUGACAAUGCCCUGCCCCAGUUUCUAUAUCCUGGAUGAACCAACCAACCACCUGGACAUGGAGACAAUAGAGGCGCUGGGAAAUGCAUUGCAGAAGUUUAAGGGCGGAGUAAUUCUGGUGUCUCACGAUGAGCGACUGAUCCGCAUGGUGUGCAAAGAGCUCUGGGUAUGCGGCUGUGGCACCGUGAGGAGAGUGGAAGGAGGCUUCGAUGAGUACAAGGACAUUCUGCAGGAGCAGUUCCGGAGGGAGGGAUUUCUAUGAGAACCUGAUCUUUGGUGUGGAAACCACUCCCACCCCUAACCCCACAAUCCAGACAUCUGAGGACUCGCUGCUGUCCGUGGGCCAGAGCCAUCUCCAAUUUUGUUAUUUUUCUUUUAUGAUCUGCUGUUGCCCACGCUCCCCCCAGUGUUUGUGUCCUGGGACUGUAUGUGAACACGUUUGUAAAUUAAACCAUGUACUAUCUGCACCCGUUUAAAUUAAAGCUGAAACUAUCAGCAGACAAGGGUUCACUGCAAUAACUCGUAGCUAAUCUAAUAAUUGUGAUUAAUUACUAAUCAACCCCUUUUGCCCAUUUCCCAAAGUGCAGUCACUAUCAGAAAGAUUUGUUUGUUGACAUGUCGUUCGUUUUGCUAACAUGACUCUCAUGCUGUUAAACCUAUUGGGGGGAGGUCUCUCAUCUCUCUGAAAAUUUGGUUGAUCCAUUGCUGCAUCUUAUAGGUGCCACCUCCUUCCUCUCUACAAGAAUACUGCUAUUCUUGAGUCGUGAACAUGAAAGUGUUCAACCUGGAAUCUGCAGGAAGAUGGUGUGCAUGAGUGUUAAUGGCAGCUCCUACUCUUGUGUAUCGGUGAGUGAUAAGGGGAAGAUAUUUGUCCCUGAGUCCAUCCUUAAUUGCUGCUAUUUCCCGUUUGCCCAGUGCAGGCUGCUGGUCCCAGCGGUGUCUCUGCAGCCUGCAGCUGAGUCAGGGUUUGGACAUUGGACAUGGACAUUCCGGGCCUGAGGGAUCCGCAGGGUCCUCAUGUCCUGCUGCCUUAGCGUGGGUGAGGACAGCUCGGUUAAGACAAGCUACAUUGCACAAACUUUGCAAACUGAGUGACGUAAAUAAAUCAGUUCAAAAACCAUAAAUAUUUGCAAAAAUUGA